UCCAGGAGAGAGAGAUAGAGAGAGGAGAAAAAGACCAAAACAACCUCCUUCUUCCCUCCCCAGAAGAAGAAGGCCACCAAAAAAACUCCAGAGCUUUUUUCCUUCUUUGAUUCUUUGUUUCUUUCAUCUCUUAGGGUUUUGAUUUCUAAAUUAAUAUGGGGACUGAGAUUUUGAGGCCGCAGGAUUGUCUGAUCGACCGGGUCAGACUCCCUACUUCAUCAACGUCGUCGUUUUCGCGGCCUAGAAGCUAUAGUAAUGGCCCCAUUCCCGUGCAGCAGCAGCACCGUAGAUUCGGAAAGCCAGCGGUGCGGUCCGAGCAACAGAAGCCGGAGCCGGCGGCGGUCGUUUCGAAGAGGUCCGGCGGCCGGGCGAGCUCCGAUGACUUGAUGAAGGCGGAGAAGGUGACGAUUUUGAGGCGGGGAGAGCCGCUGAGGCGGAUUAAGAAGGCGGCGAGCGACGGGAGGUUGGAGAGGCUGUCACCGGGGCCGACGGUUGUGCCGAAGGAGGUGAGGAUUGUGGAUUUGAGGACUCCGGUGACGGAUAUGUAUGCUGGAUCGGCUUUCGCGAUGUCGCCGGAGCCGAGCUCGCUGCCGUUGCCGUCGUUCUCCGGGAAGAAGAAGCAGGUGUCGAGGAGCUUUGACGACUCGGCGACCAGAGACCUGAGGCGUUUGCUUCGCCUUGAAUGACGCUAGUUUCAGAGGUCUAUAUUCCGGUGGAGGAUCCGAAUCCGAGGACCCGAAGAAGGCCCUGAAUGGAUUUUGGAUCCUAAAAAUAAGUGAAAAACCAUUCUCUUUUCUCUCUCCCCCGUCCGCCACCCUCGUUUAGUUCAUCCGGGUUUCCGGGUCGGAUCUGUCCUUGAUUUUUUUUAUAAACGGCGAGACUGAUCUGGAAAUCUGGGAAAAAGACGAGGGUGAAUUAGUAAUUAAGUUAUAUUUGGCAGCAAGCUAUAUGGUUUGGUGUUUUAUGGGGUUGUUGGUAAAUUGAGCUGGAUGGGUAAAUUUGGGGAGUUAGGUAGAAGAAGGAAAAAAGGUGGGAAAUGGGAGGUUGUUCUGUAACAUACGGGAAGUCUAGUUUGGGUUUGGGGAAAGUUAAGGAUAUGGGAUUUAAGUUUUAGUGUAUGUGAUUAUGAAUAAUGUGAAGGGUUUCUUCUCUGUUGGGGAAAAUAUGGAAGAUUGGUAAUGUGUACUUUGUAAAGGAAGGAAGACUAUAUCAAAGUUUGGGCAGAAUUAUAUACACAUGAAAUAUGCUUGCCUGGUUUCAAAUUUUCAAUUAAUCGUUUGAAGUUUCUGGACUUCCAAUAUUAGACAGAGAUGAAUACGUAAAGAUGGCCAUUCAAUUCAAAUAUGAAAUGACUGUGACCUCUCCUGAGAGGUAUGGAAAUUUGUUAAUGUAUUCUCAAAUCUAUUUUCAGGCAAGUAAAAAAGGAUUG